AUGCCGCCUCGUCUGACUCGUCACUCUUCUCGCACAAAUGGCGCUACUGAAACUCAACCUAAUCAACUUGGUCUCAGGGAUCCUUCACCGACUCGUAAUGCCGAGAAUACUCAAGCUGCGCCCCAGAAAAAGAAAAGGAAACAGUCUAAACGUGUUAAUCAGACUUCUCCUCAAGAAAACGAUAAUGAAAACCUCAACAACAACAAUCUAGACAACACCACUGCUGACAACCAUCCACCUGAUGAAGAUGAAGACAAUGAAGCUGAUCGCCUUACCGUUGAUAACUACAAGGAGCAUAUGGACGCCUGGAGUGUUGGUCGGCUCCGCACAGCCAUCAAGAAAUACAAGUCUUCCGGUGGUACCCGAGCAAGCACUGAGGUUCAAACCAAGGCUCGACUCAUAAAUUCAAAAUACGAGCACGAAUUGUUAAUGCUAGCAUUGGUAGAUAAAGUCCAACUACGAACCAUCAAAAAAGCAAUUGACGAAGUUGCUCCUAAAAAGAACCCCUCCAACCUUGGAAUGUAUGUAUCCUAUGCGAAAGAAUCUCUUGCAUUAUCUAUGCCCAACAGAGGACAGGAAGAUGGUGGUGAUAUGCUAUCCCAGAGAAAUCGAAUCAACACCGAUCGCUGGAAAGCCCUAUCACUCGAUCAAAAAGCAAUUUUUUCCCCUUCCCUAUUCUACACGUUAGCUGGAGCACCGAAUCCAUACGCUGCAAGUGAUAAUGAAGAUGCUGAUGAUGAAGAUGAACGAGGAGACAUCAUAGUUUCAGUCCCAAAGGUGCGGCGCUUGACACCAGAAGAAGAAGCACUAUACCGACCCAUCUAUGAAGAGAUGGUGGAUGACGACCGAGUAUCGGCCAACAUCUCAAAGCCCAAGCUGGGCCCUUCCGAUGCGCUUCUCCAGAGGAAGUCACUCACCGCUUUUCAAAAGUUUGCACAUGAGCUUGCAUGUCUAGCAAACCGAUUAGAUUUUGCGUUCUAUCUUGUGGGAUCGAGUACACUCACACCCGAUAAAUCAAAUGCACUUGGAUGGACACGGGAGUUCACUACCCACCAACAAGUAGCACGAUGGGCCAACAAGACCAGCGGUUUGGCUCGGGUAUUUGCAACAUAUGCGCAAGGCGCUGCAAUGGCUGAUGCUAUUGCAUCAGCCACUCAUCCUCCUGAAUUGAAGCCUAAGCGAAAACGUAGCGACAAGCCUCAACGUAGUGACCGGAUCAAGAUUCAACUUGGGAGAAUGCUCGUUCAAUUGACUGUCAAGGCGCUUGGCCGAAAGCCUACCCAAUCUUUCCCCUUGACAGAAGACCCCAAGAGUGCCUUACUCAAACGAAAGGUCCCUUUGGAAAUGGUCCGUUCAGAUGCGUGUACGUUGUCCGAAGAGGCUCUGAAAUUAGGCUUUAAGAAAAUGAGGACCAAGGAUUGA